UCUCUCUACAUUUUCAUAAUUUUCUUCUCCUAAUUUUCUUCUCCUCAACUUCAGAUGCUGUAGCUUUUUGACUAUUGAAGAGAAGGCUGAAGAGAUCAGAACCAAUUCUCUGUUUAUGGCGUCUCUGAUCUCAGAUAUUGAACCGCCGACGACAGAUCUCGUUCGGAGGAAGAAAAGAUCCUCUGUCUCCUCCGCCGCAUCACCUAGUACAAGCGCAGCUUCCGUCUCCGGUGAGAGCCACGCGCGAUGGAGAUCGGAGAAGCAACAACGGAUCUACUCAGCCAAACUGAUUCAGGCGCUCCAACAAGUCCGCCUCAACUCUUCCGCCGCGACAUCAUCAUCUCCAACGGCUCAGAAACGAGGCAAAGCCGUCCGUGAAGCCGCCGAUCGAGCUCUCGCCGUUUCCGCUCGCGGAAGAACACUCUGGAGCAGAGCGAUCCUAGCUAAUCGGAUCAAACUGAAAUUUCGUAAACAGAAACGGCCGAAAACGCCGACGAAGAUUCCGUCCAUGACCACGGUGGUGAAUAGCAGCAACAGAUCGAGGACACGAAGAGUGUCGGUGUUGAGAUUGAAUAAGAAGAAUAUACCGGAUGUUAACCGGAAAGUACGUGUUCUAGGCCGGUUAGUUCCCGGUUGUGGGAAACAAUCCGUACCGGUGAUUUUAGAAGAAGCAACUGAUUAUAUUCAGGCUCUGGAGAUGCAGGUCAGAGCCAUGAACUCUUUAGUUCAGCUUCUCUCCUCCUACGGCUCAGCUCCUCCACCGAUUUGAUAAGUAGGCCUAUGAGAAAAGAAAACGAAAGCGGCAUUUUCCGUAUACAAAAGACAAGACUCACACUCUAGAGGACAAUCGUCUUUUUCCCAUAUAAAACUCUGGCCAUGGCGAACACAAUUAUGACCAAAGGAGCCUAAUUCCCCCAAAAUGAUUUUUAUAUUUGGAAACUCUUGGAGGUUUCUCCUAGUCUUCAGUGCCGAAGAUUUCACGACAAAGGAAGACUUGAAGAUCUCGAUACUCUUUUGUGCAACUUCGCCACCGCGAACAAGAGAGAUCACUCCACAGAGAUAUGCGGCCGCUUUGUGUCCUUUAGACGUGGCUUUUGCUAGACAUUCGAUCCCUUUCUCUUCAUCAACAAUAUUACUGUUUAGGUAAAAGCACUUCACAAUUCAUUCACGAACCAAUGCUUCCGUGUUUCCGCUCUCUCUGCAUGUCUUUAGAAAACUCGAUGCUUUAGUUAGGUACUUAGGUCAUCGUUUGCGGUUUUUAUUUCGUCGAGGCAGACGUGUUCGAGAAUUAACUUGAGGGUCGUUGCAGAGAUUAUGUAAUGAUUUGCAUACGAGGCUUAGGUUGAACAAGCUUUUGUGUGAAGAAGAAGCCACGAGUGUUAAGAUCUCCUUCACAUCCACUUCUUCUGCGAGAGACUCCAUUUUAUAGUGCUGUGAGAAAAAUUAUUUUAGGGUUUUAACUUAGACGUUUGCUUAUUGAAUUGUGUGAAUUUUAAAAAUUUAUAAGCGAUAAGAUCUUAUCGUUU